AUGAGGUUUCUUCCUACUGAUUUGUAUGUGGAAACGGUGCCUGUAUGUACUCAACAACCAACAUUUCUUCCAUCAUACAAUGCAAGCUCUCUACAAAUGCCCGCAUAUAACAUUCCAUCAUCUGAAUAUGGACUGGGUUCUUUCAGUAGAAUGUUACACGACGAUCAAUUUGACAUUCCAUUCAGUUCACAAUUUACGGCGUCGGGGUCAAUGAAGCAACCUGGUCCAUCUACCUCAAACAAUGACAUUUCAUCAUCGAUGCAGUUGCAAAGUUACUCUCCCACGCAAGAACAUAUUGAAACACCACCGUUUCAGACUUUGGUGAAUGUUGAACUUGUUGUAAACAACGAGUUGUCUGUUCUUGAUAUGUAUAAUGACACAAACGACGAGGGUGAAGACGGAGAUGAAGAAGAUGUUAUAAACAACGAUUUGUCUGUGGAUGAUGUUGUUGCUAGAACUCCAUUACCUUGGUUCAGUCAAAUAAACGAGAACUAUGAGGUGGACAUACAUUGGGGUGAUUCGGGGAGCCAGUGUUCGUUUCGUGUCGGGGGAGAAUUUGAGAAGGGCAUGAUUUUCGACAAUAAGAAAGCGCUACAGGAAAUGGUGAAAUUGUAUUCCAUAGAGCGAAAUCAUUUCUACACCACAGUGACGUCGAAUGAGAAUGUCCUUCAUUUAAAGUGCAAGAGGGGGUGUGGUUGGUCGCUACGUGGUACAAAAACAAAUCUAACCACACGUGCCUUUAAGAUCGUAUCUUACAAGGGCCCACAUCGCGACAAUUGUGUUAAUGAAGUUCCGCCCAGAGAUCAUCGACACUUGGACUCCUCUGUUAUCUGCGACUAUGUGAAGUCGUUUGUGCAGAAAGAUCCAUGUUUGAGAGUUGAGUUCAUACAACAUAUCAUCUUCAACAAAUUUCAAUUCGAUGUUCCAUAUCGAAGAGCGUGGUAUGCCAAACAGAAAGCGAUUGCGGAAAUUUUUGGGGAUUGGGAGAGUUCAUACAACAGACUUCCUUUAUUCAUGCAAGCCCUCCAGGAGUCGAACCCAGGCACUGUAGUUCUGUGGAAAUACAAAGCUAUUGCUGAAGGUGUUUAUUACAGCAACAUGGAGGUAUUUGAACGAGUGUUUUGGGCCUUUAAGCCUUCCAUCGAUGGGUUCAAACACUGCAUGCCUCUGUUAUCUAUUGAUGGGACACACUUGUAUGGGAAAUAUAAAGGCACACUUUUGGUUGCUACAAGUGUUGAUGCUAAUUUUCAGGUAUUUCCUUUAGCAUUUGCAAUAGUUGAAGGGGAAAACACCUCGAGUUGGUCCUGGUUUCUAAGCUGCAUUCGGGUUCAUGUUACUGAUCGAGAGGGCCUAUGUGUUAUAUCUGACCGACAUGCGGGGAUUAUUGCUGCGAUGACUAACCCGGAUGUUGGAUUUCAUGAGCCACGGGCCUUUCACAGGUUUUGCGUUCGACACAUGGCCUCUAACUUGAGGACCCAUGUGAAAAACAACGACAUGAGAGAUAGGUUCAAGGCUGCUGCAUACCAACGCCAAGAAAAAAAUUGGUUGAAGAUAUGCGUUCUAUCGGCGAAGCUUGUGUUAAGUCCCUAG